CUCCCGGCGCUCCUACCUCGGGGAGCCGCUGGGGUGGAGAGAAACCGGGCACGGGCCAGAAUCCAGCAGUAGAAAGAGGGGAGAGUCUUCGAAUCCAUCUCUCGGUGGGAUCUUGGGAGGAUUCACGUGGGGGACGAAAGCAUCAUGCCAUUUGUAUAGAAGAAGGAACUGAUGACCAGUUUACAUUGAUGAUCUAAGGUUAUACAAUUUAUCACUCAAGAAACAUUGAAAGUUUUUGACAAGGGAAGUAACAUGAUGGAAAAUGAGGAGUUUAGGGGAGAAUGAAUUGGACCGUCAGCCUUUCAUGAACUUCUCAAAAGAACAGGAACAUGAGGAGGCAAAAUGGUGAUGCAAACGCACAAUUCAGUCUACCACAAUACGGUAUCCAUUUUUCAGCAACAUUAAUCUUUUAAAACAAAGAAAAUGGAUUUCUUAAAUUCAUCGGAUCAAAACUUGACGUCAGAGGAACUGUUAAACAGAAUGCCGUCCAAAAUUCUGGUGUCCCUCACUCUCUCUGGGCUGGCACUGAUGACAACCACUAUCAACUCCCUUGUGAUUGCUGCAAUUAUUGUAACCCGGAAGCUGCACCAUCCAGCCAAUUAUCUAAUUUGCUCCCUUGCAGUCACAGAUUUUCUUGUGGCUGUCCUGGUGAUGCCCUUCAGCAUUGUGUACAUUGUGAGAGAGAGCUGGAUUAUGGGGCAAGUGGUCUGUGACAUCUGGUUGAGUGUUGACAUUACCUGCUGCACGUGCUCCAUCUUGCAUCUCUCAGCUAUAGCUUUGGAUCGGUAUCGAGCAAUCACAGAUGCUGUUGAGUAUGCCAGGAAAAGGACUCCGAAGCAUGCUGGCAUUAUGAUUACAGUAGUUUGGAUUAUAUCUGUUUUUAUCUCUAUGCCUCCUCUAUUCUGGAGGCACCAAGGAACUAGCAGAGAUGAUGAAUGCAUCAUCAAGCACGACCACAUUGUUUCCACCAUUUACUCAACAUUUGGAGCUUUCUACAUCCCACUGGCAUUGAUUUUGAUCCUUUACUACAAAAUAUAUCGAGCAGCAAAGACAUUAUACCACAAGAGACAAGCAAGUAGGAUUUCAAAGGAGGAGGUGAAUGGCCAAGUCCUUUUGGAGAGUGGUGAGAAAAGCACUAAAUCAGUUUCCACACCGUAUGCACCAGAAAAGUCUUUAACUGACCCAUCAACAGACUUUGAUAAAAUUCAUAGCACAGUGAGGAGUCUCAGGUCUGAAUUCAAGCAUGAGAAAUCUUGGAGAAGGCAAAAGAUCUCAGGUACAAGAGAACGGAAAGCAGCCACUACCCUGGGAUUAAUCUUGGGUGCAUUUGUAAUAUGUUGGCUUCCUUUUUUUGUAAAAGAAUUAGUUGUUAAUGUUUGUGAAAAAUGUAAAAUUUCUGAAGAAAUGUCCAAUUUUUUGACAUGGCUUGGAUAUCUCAAUUCGCUUAUAAAUCCACUGAUUUACACCAUCUUUAAUGAAGACUUCAAGAAAGCAUUCCAAAAACUUGUGCGAUGUCGAUGCUAGUUUUAAAAAUGUUUAUUAUUGAAGGAUGGGGGGUUUUGAGGGGAGGAGUAACUAGAUGAAUGCUGAAUAAUAAAACACUUAAGCUUUUAGAGGGAAAUACCUGAAUACUGCUAAAAUGAUAAGGCUACAAUUUAUAUUUUAAUAGCAAUGUGAAUAUAAAAUUUAUUGAUCACCAUUAUUCUAGGGGACUCAAAAUUAGAAAAUAAUUUAUGUAGGUUAUAAACAAUAUUUUGCCUAUGCAAUGUUCCUAAAAAGUUGACUGGAAAAAAAAAUACAUAUAUACACAAUAUUAAUGACACUGAUUUUCCAUGUUUAUGUCUCACAAUAAUUAUAGAGGAGUUUUCAAUUAACAACAUACCUCCCUCCAUAAUUUCUAUCUAGUCCUAUUGUUUUAUAAUAUAAUUCUAUUAUUUUGUAGAAGAAAAUAUAAUUCACCACAAAGCACACAUUUCACCUAUCUCCAUUCUUGUCCCUUCUCCAUCUCACCCUGAGCAAAAGGGAGGGGGAAGGAGGCAACUCUUACUUAGUGUGACUGGAGAAAAUGUAAAAAAGUCAGAGCUUGAAAUUGUCCUUGUGUUUAGGUAGUAAAGAGUAAUCAUAAAGUGGGUUAGGUACAGCAAAAUAAUUUGAUACUGAACUUGUGCAUAUUUAAUAUGUUUGUUUAAAUAAACUUCUAGAAUAAUAUUACCAUAUCCAUAUAUUAUCAGCAUUUGAAAUCAAAGCCUUACCUUAGUAACAAUAACUCAACAAAGGGGCAUGGGUGACGUUGUUAUAAUUGCUCCUUGUUUACUUAGGAAUCAAAUUUAAGGCACUAAAUAUCAUAGAUUACUCACCACAGUUAUUAUACUCUUAACAUCUUUUUAAAAGUAUAAAAUGUAUUUCAUU